AUGUGUAAUGAUGCUUUUGCAUUAGAUGAGAAAAUUUCAAAUCAUAUGAUUGUUUGCCUUGAUUUACAUAUAGAAAGACGAGAAGUUUAUCAACGAUUAAAAACUGCUUUUUCAAGUACAGCUGAGACAAAAAGUGUGAAUCCAAUAAGAUUAAUUAACAAAGAUGAUGAUGCAAAUAAUCGUACAGUUGAUUUUGAACAACUCAAUUUUGAAGGACAAAUAGGAAGAGCAGCUGUACCAUUAAUAAUGGAAAAAUGUAAAAAUAUUUUCAUCAAUCCAGUUAUAUAUGAACCAUAUCAAUCAAUUUAUGUCUUUUGUCAUGAUAUUAGCCGUAGUGAUGAUUGGAUGAGAAAAUAUCUUGAUUAUCUUGCACUACCAUUCGUAUUCGAUAAAGAUUUAUUAGUACGAUUAAUACAUGAUAUAGCUGAUUAUUUUGUUAUCGAAAGCAAAAGUCUAUUAGCAACGAAUCUUUCAAACAAUUCAGCUGCUUUACAAUCGUCUUAG